AAUGAUUAACGAUAUUCGUAAACUCAUCUAAACAAAAACUGCGAUGCGAAUUAUUUUGGUCAUAUUUUUUUAAACAUAAUCGGAAAUAAAUCAGAUAAAUUGUAAUUAAAGUGGCAAUUAGCAAUCUAUAUUCGAGAUACCUUUUAUCAGCGUUAACAUGGAGGAAAAUGCUAAUCAACCUGAAAACGCGGAUCCUGAUGGAGGAGGAGAUCAUGAGCUCGACAUCGACAGCGACAGCGACGAGAACAGCAUGAUGGGCCACGACAUACUCAUUGCAGAGGGACCGGAAUUACUUGAAGCAGCGAGAGAGUCCAGCGACUCCGAUGACAAUGAGGAAGAGCAAACAUUUGAUAUAUCGCUGGCAGCUUCACAUUCUUACAUGGGCCCGGGGCUGGUGGCGGUGAGCGGGCGGCGCGUGCUGGAGCCGGGCUGGACGGGCCGCGUGCCGGCGGCGGCGCACCACGGCGCCGUGUUCCCGGGCGAGACCGUGCCCAUGCUGCUGCCCAACCCCGCCGACUCCGCCGCGCUGCAGGCCAUCCAGAAGGAGCGCCUCUUCGGCCUGCUGUGCCCCGACGAGACAGGCACGGUGGUGAGCGGUUACGGCGUGCUGUGCGAGGUGUUCGAGUGCGGCGCGCGCGAGGCGCGGCAGCCGCUGACGCUGAAGGCGCGCGCGCACCACCGCUUCCGCCUCGUGCACGCGCCCGCGCACGCCGCGCCCGUGCACGUCUACUCGCGAAUGCGGUUUGUGGAGGUGCGCGUUCUACCAGAGGUGGAGUUGGGCGAGCCGCUGCGCGCCGCUCGCCUCGCCUCGCUCGACCCGCACCGCCGCCCGCGAGAGCCGCAGCUGGACCGGCGGCUGCGGUGCAUGGACGCGGCCGUGACGCCGUGGCCGCUGUUCGUGUACGACAUGUUCGACUACACGCGCGUGCGCCGCGACAUCGCCAGCUACUUCGCCACGCUCAACCUGGACAAGCUGCCCGAGGACCCGGUGUCGCUGUCGUUCUGGGUGGCGUCGAACCUGGCGCUGUCGGCGCGCGACCGCCUGGCGCUGUUCGCGGUGGACAACGCGCUGCUGCGCCUGCACAUGGAGCUGCGCCUCAUCGCCCGGAAGAGCGUGCUAUGCUGCUCGGCGUGCAUGACGGAGAUCGCGCGGCGCGAGCACAUCUUCCCGAUGUCGUCGGAGGGCGUGCACUCCAACUACACUAACCUGGGCGGCUACAUGCACGACAUCGUGACCGUGUCGGCGGCCAGCGUGGCGCUGGACGGCGCGCCCUCGGCCGAGUACUCCUGGUUCCCCGGCUACACCUGGACCAUCGCGCUCUGCGCCACUUGCACGCACCACGUGGGCUGGAGGUUCGACGCGAUGAAGGCGCGGCUGCGGCCGACGCAGUUCUUCGCGCUGUGCCGCAACAGCGUGCAGCCGCGCGCCGGCGACGAGCGCGACGCCGCGCUGUGACCGCCCGGCCCGCCCACACUGCCCGACCACGAGCCCCGAGCGGCGCGCUGAACGCCCGCGGGAAUGGACCGCGAACCCAGACCCAGUUCACGUCGUCGGCGCGCAAAUUAACAGAAACGAUGAAGGAUGAAGUCGAGUGUUUAGAGUCUAAGAAUGAAAGAUAAGACUGUGUACCCCUGAUGUGAGUUUUAGCGUACCUCGACACUUGCAUGCGGGUUAUUUGCUGUUUAGAAUACUACGACAACCUCAUGGGAGCACUUGAAAUUGUUGAUCUAGGUGCCUUUAAUUUACCCAUGAAUAUAUUUAUGUCAUAUUAUUUGUACUUCUUAUCCAUUUAAUUACUUCACAUUGGAUUUUUAAAAAGCAAUUAGUUAUUUCAAAACAUUAAGAAUUCAACAUUUCAUUGAUAUAAUGUGUUUAGGUUGUCUUAGAAAAGAAUAGAAAUAUUUAAAACUAGCUGAC